UAUCUGGUUUUGCAUUCAACAAUUGGCGGCAUGCAGUUGGUAGCAUAAUAUUAUUGUUCCGAAGCCUCGAGAGGCGGCAUCCUGUGGACAACAGGAAAAAAACACCGCACUUCCGUUAGAUUCAAGCCCAAUCAAGAAACAUACGAAGACGGAUGGAGCUAGUCUUUGAAUCUCACGGAGGCGCUUCUACUAUUUACUUACGUCGCCCAUGCGUAGGCAAAAUUUACAGAAGAUGCGUGACGCUUCCUGGACUUCCUGAACUCUCGGAACCAGCCAUUAAGGCGUGUAAAUUCUGUUCGUUCGCCAAAGAAACUUUUCUGUAAAGAAUAUAGAGAGUGUUCCUAAUGGGAAGACACGAAUGCGAGACUCGACUUCAACAUUCAGUAUGAAUGGAUCGGGCAACGUUCUGUUAAAAAGGAAAGUGGAAGUGAAGAUGCACCGCAAGAAACAAUAAAGGAGCAUGUUAAUGGCUUGGCUGUCUUAGUUCAUCACCCUGAUAUCGAAAGUGAAGAGUUAAACGUCUACUAUUUUGAUGUAAUGGCUUGGCCAAGUACGUGACGCCGUCCCCCUUCUCAUUUGGUCAACUAAUUUCUUCCAGGUUGUUGCAAAGAUUGGCUAAGAUAAUGGCUACACCACCAGAUCCUGAUGGACCGGUUUGUGAGGCAAAUUUUCAGUUCAUGAAGCGUUGCUUUGACGAAUGCGUAAAAAACCAUCAAGCCUGUAAUGAAAAGGCCCGCAGAUCCAAGUUCGUUCCAACGCGAUUACUGGAUACCGGGAAUUGGGAGUCUUCUUCCGCGAAAUUGGUAGAGCAUCACCAACUUCCUCCAAUGGACUCAACCGAUCCUCAGCUUCAGUAUGCAGCAUUGAGCUACUGUUGGGGCGAUUCGCUUACUUUGAAAACCACCAAGGAAAACAAGGAUGAACAUGAGAAAGUGGGCAUAUUAAUAUACGGUAUGCCGGCGACCUUUCAAGAUGCGAUUAAGAUCACUAGGGAGCUUGGCAUUCGAUAUCUAUGGAUUGACGCACUUUGCAUCGUUCAAUGGAGCAAAGAAGAUUUGGAAGGCUGUAUCGAUUUCAAUGUGUGA